GGGGGUGGCAUUGCUAGGGGUGGCUGCUUGCACCCUGCUCCCUUACAGCCUGCUGGGGACUGAAGGGCAGCGGCCAGCGGAGAUGGUGGUGGUGUGGUCCCUGUGUUCCCAAAGUAUUGAUGGCGGUCCACUGGAAAGGAAAACCCAGGUCAACCAAGCUGAAAAGGGGGUUGAGUGAGCCUUCUGACUUGGAGGCAUUUUCUUGCUGUUCCCUCUCAUGGUGCUGCUGCCCUUCCCAGCUUAGCUGAGACUUGGCACCUCUUCUUGGCUUCCCAGGAGGAACAACAUGCCUGGCAAUGUGCGCACAGCCUUGCUGUGAGAUCAUGGCUGCCUCCUGCCUCCAGAUGCCUCUUCCAGAAAGCCAUUUAGAGCCCUGGGCUGCUGCUUGGAUAACUCCCUGCUCUGAUUCAUCAGCAAUGUGCAGUCUCUCCCAUCGUAUCCCAAAUCAGCCUGUGCUAAAGGCCGAGAGCAAGAGGCAGUAUCUUUUAAUAACCGUGUGAUGCAGUUGGAAAAAACUUCAGGACCUGUAGUUCUCUGGUGGCCUGGGUUAAUGGGAUGUUUGAGGGGGGAACUGGGCUGGCUCUGGGAACUUCAGGCAGCAAUGCUGCUGUAGGGCCAUUCCUGGCUGAGCAGUGGCCGCUGUGGGCUCCACCCCAUCCGUCUGGCAUUGCCACACCUGUACAGGGAGUUUGCUCUUGGUGGCGGGGCUGGGAGGAUCCAGCUUGUUUGGCAGACACGUGCCCAGCUCUCCCUGCUCACUAUCACCUCUGCUGAAGGUGCCUUUGGUUGCCCAGCUCACAGCUGUUGGAACCGCAAGCCUUUGUUCCCGGCAGCUUCUGCUGCUUCUUCCAGGUGACAGCAAGCUGCAAAACCCUCAAGCACAGCUGAGAUGUGCUCUAUGCACCUCAUGACGGGAAGCCCUGCUUAGAGGGUGGUUCUCACAGCUGCCACCAGGCCCUUCCAGCUUCUUCAGCUGUUCCCAGGUAACCCUGCAACGUUGGCAGCUUCCAAAGGCUCUAGGAUGCUGGGGCCAGUCAGACUGGGCCUGCCCACCUGAUCCUUGGCAUCUGCUCCCGCCAGCCCAUCAUGUUGUGUUCCUGGCGCAUCAAACUGAAGCUGCUGCUCGCUACCGUCACUCUUGCCAUCCUCCUCUCCUGGCUCUACCUCUUCGUGGGCAGCCUUGAAUACGGCCGCUUUCUCCUGCUGCCACCGUGCCUGGGCGAGCAGCCGAGUCGGGAUGUGGAGCGGGAGGCACUGGCCUCACAGGUGCGCCGGGUGGAGGAGGAGAACCAGCAGCUCCGCAUGCAGCUUGGCCAGGUGCAGGUGGAAGGCAGUGACAGCAUCCCACAGUGGGGGGCUUCUGCCGAGGAUGGGCCCCUCCUUGGAGGUGAGAAGAACAACCGCACGGCCUGUCCCAAGCAGCGGAUGGUGCACAAGUGUGAGCUCCUGCACGUUGCAAUUGUGUGCGCUGGACACAACGCCAGCCGGGAUGUGGUCACCCUGGUGAAAUCCAUCCUCUUCCACAGGAAAAACCCCCUCCACUUUCACUUCAUCACGGACUCGGUGGCCCACCAGAUCCUCCAGACGCUCUUCCAGUCCUGGAUGGUGCCUUCCAUCCACGUCAGCUUCUACAACGCCGAUGACCUGAAGCCAGAGGUGUCAUGGAUCCCCAACAAGCACUACUCUGGCAUCUACGGGCUGAUGAAGUUGACGCUCACCAAGGCACUGCCCUCCAACCUCUCCAAGGUCAUCGUCUUGGACACUGACAUCACCUUCGCCACUGACAUUGCUGAGCUCUGGGCUGUCUUCGGGAAGUUCUCUGAAAAGCAGGUGAUUGGGCUGGUGGAGAACCAAAGCGACUGGUAUUUGGGCAACCUCUGGAAGAACCACAAACCAUGGCCAGCACUGGGACGUGGCUUCAACACAGGGGUGAUCCUGCUCUUGUUGGACCGCCUGCGUCGCCUGGGCUGGGAGCAGAUGUGGCGGCUGACAGCAGAGCAGGAGCUCAUGAGCAUGCUCUCCACCUCGUUGGCCGAUCAGGACAUCUUUAAUGCAGUGAUCAAGCAGAACCCAGCCCUGGUGUACCGGCUCCCAUGCUUCUGGAAUGUGCAGCUCUCCGAUCAUACCCGCUCAGAGCAGUGCUACACCGAGGUCUCAGAUCUCAAGGUAAUCCACUGGAACUCGCCCAAGAAGCUGCGGGUGAAGAACAAGCACGUGGAGUUCUUCCGCAACCUCUACCUGACCUUCCUGGAGUAUGAUGGGAACCUGCUGCGCAGGGAGCUCUUCGGCUGUGCCAGUCUCCCCAGCCCCCCCAGCAACCAGCUGCAGCAGGCACUAGAGGAGCUGGACGAGGACGAUCCCUGCUAUGACUUCCGCCGGCAGCACCUCACGCAGCACCGCGUGCAUCUGUUCUUCCUGCAGUACGAGUUCCUGGCCCUUCCCAACCCCACCGACGUCACCCUCGUGGCCCAGCUCUCCAUGGACAGGCUGCAGAUGUUGGAGGCCAUCUGCAAACACUGGGCCGGCCCCAUCAGCCUGGCGCUGUACAUGUCAGACGCGGAGGCCCAGCAGUUCCUGCGUUAUGCCCAGGCCUCAGAAGUGCUGAGUGCCCGCCGCAAUGUCGCCUACCACAUCGUCUACAAGGAGGGGCAGUUCUACCCCAUCAACCUCCUGCGCAACGUGGCCUUGACCAACACGCAGACACCAUAUGUCUUUCUGACUGACAUUGACUUCCUGCCAAUGUAUGGCCUCUACGAUUACCUCAGGAACUCCAUCCAGCAGCUGGAGUUGCCUCACAGGAAGGCAGCUCUCAUCGUGCCGGCGUUUGAGACCCUGCACUACCGCCUGACCUUCCCUAAAUCCAAAGCAGAACUGCUCUCCAUGCUGGACAUGGGCUCCCUCUACACCUUCAGGUACCAUGUGUGGCCAAAAGGCCAUGCCCCAACUGACUAUGCCAAGUGGCGAACAGCCACUGUGCCGUACCGCGUGGCGUGGCAGCCAGACUUCGAGCCUUACGUUGUAGUGAGGCGAGACUGCCCCAAGUACGAUCAGCGGUUCGUGGGCUUCGGCUGGAACAAGGUGUCCCACAUCAUGGAGCUGGAUGCGCAGGAGUAUGAGCUGCUGGUACUGCCCAACGCCUUCAUGAUCCACAUGCCCCAUGCUCCCAGCUUCGACAUCUCCAAGUUUCGUCUGAGCGCAGGAUACCGGGGCUGCCUGCAGACGCUGCGGGAGGAAUUCCACCAGGACCUGUCGCGGCGAUAUGGGGCUGCUGCACUCAAAUACCUCACCGCCGAGAGGAACCUAUGACCCCUGAGGACAGUGGGUGCCGGGUGCUGGUAGCAGGCAGAGAAGGGAGGGUGCAGGGCCUCCUCCUGCCCCAGCCCACCUCAUAGCCUUGCCCAAGGGAUCUGACUCACAAUGGGAUGUCUGUAGAUAAGAGGGAGGAUGCCAGCUGUGAGAUCAGGCAGUGUCUGUGGGUCGAGCUGCUGCAGCGUGGCCCAGGGUUUGUCCAGAGCAGCAGCCUUCCUGUCUUAUAGGGAAGCUUCCACUGUGCCGGGGGACUGGUCCUCCCGUCCCUUGUUCUAGCAGAUAUUGAUUCACAGCCUUUGUUAGCUCACCUCAGCCUGGCGCCUGGCCUUGAGAGGCCCCAGAGCUGCACUUUUCCCUGCUCUGCUCCUCUCUGCAGUCCCAGUUUGCAAUCCUCUGCACACCCCUGGAGCCUCAGCAAUUGGGAGGUGGGGAUGUGGACCAUCCUCUCACAUCCUUUGUGGAGCAAGGCCUCAGAAGAGGCCUCCUGAUGCCCUAGGAGCUGAGGCCAGAGAUCACCAGGAGCUGUGGAGUGCUGGCUUAAGUCUGGACCAAGGCUAGCAGAUUAGCAGGGUGAAGUGUUCCUCCUCAUCCACGUGGAUGCGGAGUCUCCCCUUGGAUGGCCCAGCUCUAAGUGAAAGCAGGCUGGCACUUGGUACAAUCCUUCAGCCAUUGUGGUGGGUGGAAUAGCUUCACAGGGGGUCAGUGCUCCUGUGGAAGAAUUCAUGGCAGGGACUUCCAGUGCCUCCCCGACUCCUGGCAGCGCCAGGGCUGCCACAGACAAUCAGGGAUGGGACUGACCCUAAGGAGGACAUAGCUGAGCACUGUGGUCCCUGCAGUGGGAGCAGCAUAGUUGGCUCGGCUCUGCUCUGCAGCUGUCACACACUGGAGCACAGAGGAUGCAUUGCUUUCCUCAUGCUAUUUAAAUUAUUUAAUACUUUUCUCAUAAGAAUUCAGUGGUUUAGGGUGUCAUGGUUUUUUUUUAAGCCUUCCUUGCACCUGGAUGAUUUUGCUGCUGGCAUUGGAGCAGCUCCAGGCCUGGGGCUGCUGCAACCUCUGCUGUUCUCUUCUUAGCAUUAUUCUGGUCUGCAAGAGCUAGAGCUGUGCAGGUGUGAAGAUUUCCGUCCGUGGUGGGAACGGCCAGGAGGAGCCAUACAAAUCGCAUUGUCUGGGAAGGGCACAAGCGCCUCUUGCUUAUUCUCUCUUUUUAAUUUAAUUUUUAAAUUAAAGCUUUUUUUAUUCUUUUUCA